AUGGGGCAAUCAAACUCGAAACAUAGAAAGAAAAAUAAAACGCCUAUCCAAUACCAUGCAAAAGCCCUGGAAAUUGUACAAGAACGUGGAGAUAAAGAACAUGAAACAGCUGCGUACAAUGGAUUAGCAGAUGCCUAUAGAUUUAACAAACAGUUUGAGAAAGCUAUUGGAUGCUAUCAGAAAGCCUUGGAAAUUGCGCAGGAGCGUGGAGACAAAAAACGGGAAAAAGCUGCCUACAUUGGUUUCGGACAUGCUUAUAAGAAUAAGAGUCUGUUUGACGCAGCUAUUCAUUACUACAAGAAAGCGUUGGAAGUUACCCAAGAACUUGGAAAUAAAGAAGAGGAAACAGUUGCAUACAAUAGGUUAGCAGAAGCUUACAAUGGGUUGGGACAUGCUUGUAUAUUGAGUAAUCAACUUCAAAAGGCUAUUCAAUGCUACCGCAAAGCCCUGAAAAUUGCACAACAAGGGGGAGUUAAACAACAGGAAACAAUUGCGUGCAAUCGUUUAGGACAUGCUUAUAAAUUAGACAAUCAGAUUCAACCAGCUAUUCAUUACUACCAGAAAGCCCGGAAAAUUGCACAAGAAUGGGGAGAUAAAGAACAGGAAACAGUUGGGUGCAAUUGGUUAGGAGAUGCUUAUAGAUUGAACAGUCAACUUCAAAUGGCUAUUCAGUACUAUCAGAAAGCCUUCCAAAUUGUACAAGAACGUGGAGAUAAAGAACAUGAAACAGUUGCGCACAAUGAAUAAGGAGAUGCUUAUAGAUUGUGCAAAGAGUUUGAGAAAGCUAUUGAGUGCUAUCGGAAAGCCUUGGAAAUUGCGCUGAAGCGUGGAGAUAAAAAACAGCAAAAAGUUGCCUACAGUGGUUUCGGACAUGUUUAUAAGUAUAAUAAUCUGUUUGAAGAAGCUAUUCAUUACUACAAGAAAGCGUUGGAAAUUACCGAAGAACUUGGAGAUAAAAAAGAGGGAACAGUUGCGUACAAUGGGUUAGGAGAAGCUUACAGGUUGAACAGUCAACCACAAAUGGCUAUUCAUUGCUAUCAGAAAGCCUUCGAAAUUGCACAAGAAUGUGGAGAUAAACGGCAGGAAACAGUUGCGUGUAACGGGUUGGGAUAUGCUUAUUUAUAUAACAAUGAGUUUGAAACGGCUAUUCAGUACUAUCAGAAAGCCAUGGAAAUUGCACACAAACGUGGCGAUAACCAACUUGAAACCUGCAAUGGGUUAGGGCAUACCUAUAUGUAUAACAACAUGUUUCCAACUGCUGUUAUAUAUUAUCAGAGAGCCUUGGCUAUGGCAAUAGAAUAUGGACAUAAACAACAGGAAUCAUUUGCCUACAAUGGGUUGGGACAUGCUUGUAGAUUGAAUAAUCAACUUCAAAAGGCUAUUCAAUACUAUCACAAAGCCCUGGAAAUUGCACAACAAGGUGGAGUUAAACAACAGGAAACAGUUGCGUACAGCGUGUUAGGACAUGCAUAUAAAUUGAACAACCAGUUUCAAAUGGCUAUUCAAUCCUACCAGAAAGCCUUGGAAAUUGCACAAGAAAGUGGUGAUAAACAACAGGAAACAAUUGCGUACAAUCGUUUAGGACAUGCUUAUAAAUUGGACAAUCAGAUUCAAUCAGCUACUGAUUACUACCACAAAGCCGUGGAAACUGCACAAGAAUGUGGAGUUAAAGAACAAGAAACAGUUGCGUACAAUGGGUUAGGAGAUGCUUAUAGAUUGAACUGUCAACCUAAAAUGGCUAUUCGACACAAUCACGCAGCCUUGGAAAUUACACAAGUGCUUGGAAGUAAAAAACAGAAAACAGUUGCGUACAAUGGGUUAGGACAUUCUUAUAUGUAUGACAACAUGUUUCAAAUGGCCAUUCAAAACUACAAGAAGGCCGUGGAAAUUGCAAAGCAGGAAGGAGAUAGAGAACAGGAAACUGUUGCCUACUAUGCGUUAGGAGAUAUUUAUAGAUUGAACAAUCAGUUUCAAACGGCUAUUCGAUAUUUUGAGAAAGCCCUGGAAAUUGCACAUGAAGAUGAAGAUAAAGAACAGGAAACAGUUGCGUACAAUCGGUUAGGAUAUGCUCAUAGAUUGAACAAUCGCCUUAAAACAGCUAUUUGUUACUAUCAGAAAGCCCUGGAAAUUGCACAAGAACGCGGAGAUACACAACAUGAAACAGUUGCGUACAAUGGGUUAGGAUAUGCUUAUUUAUAUAACAAUGAAUUUGAAACGGCUAUUCAGUACUAUCAGAAAGCCUUGGAAAUUGCACAUGAUUGUGGAGAUAACCUACAGGAAACCGUUGCGUACAAUGGAUUAGGACAUGCUUAUUUGUUGAACAAUAAAUUUCAAACAGCUAUUCAAUGCUAUCAGAAAGCCUUGAAAUUUGCGCUAGAAGGUGGAGAUAUACAACAGGAAACAGUUGCUUACAUUGGCUUAGGACAUGGCUAUAGAUUGAACGAUCAGCUUCAAAUGGCUAUUCAAAACUACGAGAAGGCCGUGGAAAUUGCACAGCAGGGAGGAGAUAGAGAACAGGAAACUGUUGCCUACUACGCGUUAGGAGAUAUUUAUACAUUGAACAAUCAGUUUCAAACGGCUAUUCGAUAUAUUGAGAAAGCCCUGGAAAUUGCACAUGAAGACAUUUGCUUACAAUCGGUUAGGAUAUGCUCACAGAUUUAACAAUCGCCUUAAAACAGCUAUUUGUCACUAUCAGAAAGCCCUGGAAAUUGCACAAGAACGCGGAGAUACACAACAUGAAACAGUUGCGUGCAAUGGGUUAGGAUAUGCUUAUUUAUAUAACAAUGAGUUUGAAAGGGCUAUUCAGUACUAUCAGAAAGCCGUGGAAGUUGCACAUGAACAUGAAGAUAACCUACAGGAAACAGUUGCAUACAAUGGAUUAGGACAUGCUUAUAUGUUGAACAUUAAGUUUCAAACAGCUAUUCAAUAUUAUCAGAAAGCCUUGGAAUUUGCGCCAGAAGGUGGAGAUAAACAACAGGAAACAGUUUCUUACAUUGGGUUAGGACAUGGUUAUAGAUUGAACGAUCAGCUUCAAAUGGCUGUUUAAAACUACGAGAAGGCCGUGGAAAUUGCACAGCAGGGUGGAGAUGAACAACAAGAAACAGUUUCGUACAAUGCGUUAAGAGAUGCUUACAGAUUGAACGAUCGUUUUCAAACGGCUACUCGAUACCAUCAAAACACGGUGAAUAUUGCAUAUGAACGUGGGGAGGAACAACGCGCAACAUUUGCCCACAAUGGAUUAGGUCAUGCUUAUAGAUUGAGCAAUAAAUUUGAAACGGCUAUUCAUCACUACCAAAUAGCCUCGGAAAUUGCACAACAGCGUGGAGAUAAAGAACAGGAGACAGUUGCGUACAAUGGGUUGGGGCAUGCUUACAGAUUGAGCAAUCAAUUAGAAACGGCUAUUCAGUACUACCGGAAAGUCUUGGAAAUUGUGCAAGAGCGGGGCGUUGCCUUAGAAUAUGCUGAUAGAUUGAAAACUCAGUUUACAAUGGGAAUUGUAUACCAUGAUAUUGAAUACUUUGAAAAAGCCGUAAAAUUUGAAAGUGAGGGAGUGGAAAAAUUACGAGAAAUUCAAAUAUUCAUUGAGUUAGGAAAAUCAUAUAGAUUAAACAAACAGUUUGAAAUGUCAUUUAACCAGUAUAAGAAGGCCAUGGAAAUUGCAAAAGAGCAACAAUCUCAAGAGGAAGAAGUUAUUGCAUUAAAUGGAAUGGAAGAAACUGUUAAAGGUGAGCUUAUGUUUGUUUGA